CCGGUGUAGCUUGCAGUUCUACUGGCGUCGGUGAGCAGCUUAUAAAAGCUCUGAUGGCAAUGUCGUGUGCAAAGGCAGUUCGGAGAAAUUCACAUAGUCCCACGGAUGCACCGAAACAUGCUUUUUCGGAUGCUUUUGUGGGACAACGUGACGAUCACUUGAGCCAAGCCGGAGUGGUACUGUUGCAGUAUGACUCUCCAGUAGCAGAAUUGCUGUGGAUACACUCCACACAAACAAUGUGCAUUGGUUAUAUGUCCAUUCAAGAUACAAAACCAAAGGCAUUAAUAUCAAAAGGGAAAAAGGGGUCACUGACAAUUGGUGGUGCAGUCAGACGUCUACAACCUUCAUGUCUGCAAUAGUCUUAAUUGUAGUUUAUUAAACAAUAGUGCAAGUCAUUUUCUAUAUUUCUGUGAUGUAAUGAUUUUAAUUAUUUCAUUGUUGAGACUGUUGCCUAUGCCAAUGUACACAUAAGAUUGUUCUGUGGUUCG